AUGGUGCACAAGGGAGACGCCGCGCACAACGAGAUCAACUCGUUCCAGUCCAAGGCUGCCAAGUACAAGCGCGAGGGCGAUGCGCACUUCGGCAAGCGCAACAUGAGGGAGGCGCUCGCCUCCUACGGCAAGGCUAUCGAGAUGUCCCUCUCCGGCACCGAGGAGAAGGCGGCGCUCUUCUCCAACCGCGCCGCCUGCUACCUCAUGCAGAACAUGUACCGCCACGCCAUCAACGAGUGCUCCCACGCGCUCAACGAGGCUCCGGACUUCAAGCCCGCCCUGCUCCGCCGCGCUCGCGCGUUCGAGCAGCUGCAGCAGUACGAUCGCGCCGUCUCCGACCUCGAGGCUGCCGCCAAGGCUGACCCGAACAGCGACGACGUCCGCAAGAAGCUCCAGGCGACGCGAGCGGCGAGGGACAACCGCAAGGCUUCUCGAUCCGUCUCGGGCCUUGGCGGCGGCGGCUUGCGCGCGCCGGGCAAGCGCGGGACCCAGCGCCUCACCCCGGCACAGCAGCAGGCGGCCGCAGCCGCCGCGUCCGGCCAGGGCCAGGGCCAGCUGCCCACGCUGACCAUCAAGGCGACUCUCGUCAGAGGCGAAGCCGCGGAGACCAAGAACGUCGUCCUGCCCAUCUCCGUCCGCUACAAGGACAUCGUUGACCAGGUCAGGAACCUCUUCCCCGACGACCUCAAGGAACAGCCCUUCGCGCUCAAGUACAAGGACGCGGAGGGCGAUCUCGUCACCGUCACCUCCCGCACCGAUCUUCGCGGUGCCCUCUCCGCCGCCAUGCACCACGCGGAGCAGCGAGCGGCGGCGACGGGGGUUCAGCGCCCCCGCGACGCCGGUCUCGCCCCCGUGGAGGUGGAGGUGGUGCCGUGUGCGAAAGCCCCGUCGGAGACCCCGGACCAGAUCAUCCCGGACCACGUCGGCAGCAGGGACCACCCGCCCAACGCGGAGGAUGAGGGCGCCGAGGACGUCAUCGAGAUUGACGAGUGGCUCCUCACCUUCGCGGGUCUCUUCCGCAAGCACCUCGGCGAGGACGGCGCCAAGGAGGGCCCGCUCGAUCUCCGCCAGAUCGGCCUGGAGAAGUGCUGCGAGGCGCUCGAGGUGGCCGUGGGCACCGAUAAGGCUAAGGAGCUCCUCGGCGCCGCCGCGGAUAAGUUCCAGGAGGCCGCCGCGGCUGCCAUCUUCAACUGGGGCAACGUGCACGUCUGCGCCUCCCGCAAGGUUGUGGACUGCGCCGCCCCCGCGCCUGAGGAGGGCCAGCCCACCCCGUCCGACGAGCAGAUGGCCGCCGCCGCCAAGGACCACAUCAAGCGAAUCGACGACGAAUACGAGAAGGCUGUGGAGAGGUACAAGCAGUCGCUCGCGAUAAAGUCUGACUUUUACGAGGCCACCAUCGCGUGGGGCCAGCAGUGCUUCGAGCGCGCGAAGGUUUACCACUUCGCCGCCAAGGCUGGCGACGCCGCCGCCGCGAAGGAGGCUGACGUGAUGUUCGACCUCGCGGAGGUGAAGUUCCAGGAGUCGCUCGCGAUGUGCCCCAAGGAGGAUGAGGCAUCCACGUCUGGCGAGGGCGAAGCGGCCGCGGAGCAGCCGGGUAACCUCGGGCUGAAGGCGCAGAUCCAGGUGCUGUGGGGCAACGUGCUCUUCGAGAGGUCGCAGGUGAGGCAUCACCGCGGCGAUGAGAAGUGGCAGGUGGACACGGACGCGGCGGUGGCCAAGUUCAACGAGGCGGGGUGCUCCAAGGAUGACAUCACCAAGGCGCUCAUGAACCACGCCAGCGGCGUCUGGAAGGAUGACGAGGAGGCGGCCAAGGCCAAGGCGGGCGGCAAGUAA